GGGCGACGGGCGGGGCCAGCUCGCCGCUGCCAGGCCGCUGGCGCCGGGGAGGUCCGCGGGGUCGAAUCCCAGCCAGCCCUGGGGCUGCGGCACGCGGCAGCGAGGGCGCCCGCCCCGCGGAGCGCUUGGUCCCCACGUGGGCCGAGCCGGAGGCUGAGUCCGGGCUGGACUCGGACAGGGCUGCUGAACCGGGUCUGCCCUCCUCAGGGGGGCUCGGACGGGACGCCUAAGGGGUGCCUGGGCCACGGGCCACCAGAUAUGGGGACACGAAGAUUGGGCAGAAGUUGAACGCCCCGGGAGGAAGAGAGGGCAGGACGGCGCAGUCCGCCUUCGUCCCAGAAGUGCUGGAAUUCCCACCCGUCACUCCCCUUUCGCCCGGGUAAAUACUCUGAGGCUAGAGCCCUGGCGGCCUGACACUCUGCAGGGCCCAGCUCACCACCAGUGUCCUUAUUCCAGGCCGUGAGCACCAAGGAGCUGCCCUGCUUGACCUGGAACCAUCUGUCCGUCUUUCCACCUGUCUCUGCAUCUGUCCACCUCUCCACAGAGCUGAAGCUUGACUGCAGGGCAUCUGUAUAGAGUGAGAAAAGGACUAGAACAUGCUCUAACGAUCUCUGCAGCCAGACCCAGGAAGCUGCCAGCUGGGCCCAAACUCAAGCCACCCUCCCUCCUCUGCCCACCAUGGCCUCAGCUGACAAGAAUGGCGAGAGCGUCUCCUCUGUGUCCAGCAGCCGCCUGCAGAGCCGGAAGCCACCCAACCUGUCCAUCACCAUCCCGCCCCCCGAGACCUCAGCCCCCGGCGAGCAGGCCAGCCUGCUGCCUCAGAGGCCCAGGAAUCCGGCCUACUUGAAGAGCGUCAGCCUCCAGGAGCCACGGGGACGAUGGCAGGAGGGCAGCUCGGAGAAGCGCCCUGGCUUCCGCCGCCAAGCCUCCCUGUCCCAGAGCAUCCGCAAGGGCGCGGCACAGUGGUUCGGGGUCAGUGGCGACUGGGAGGCAAAGCGGCAGCACUGGCAGCGCAGGAGUCUGUACCACUGCAGCGCACGCUACGGCCGGCUCAAGGCCUCGUGCCAGAGGGACCUGGAGCUCCCCAGCCAGGAGGCGCCCUCCUUUCAGGGCGCUGAGUCUCCGAAGCCCUGCAAGAUGCCCAAGAUUGUGGAUCCGCUGGCCCGGGGACGAGCGUUCCGCCACCCGGACGAGGUGGACCGGCCCCACGCCCCACACCCACCGCUGACCCCGGGGGUCCUGUCCCUCACCUCCUUCACCAGCGUCCGCUCUGGCUAUUCCCACCUGCCCCGCCGCAAGAGGAUGUCUGUGGCCCACAUGAGCUUUCAAGCUGCUGCCGCCCUCCUCAAGGGGCGCUCAGUGCUGGAUGUCACAGGACAGCGGUGCCGGGUGGUCAAGCGCAGCUUUGCCUACCCCAGCUUCCUGGAGGAGGAUGCAGUUGACGGGGCAGACACAUUUGACUCCUCAUUUUUUAGUAAGGAAGAAAUGAGCUCCAUGCCCGAUGAUGUGUUUGAGUCCCCCCCACUCUCUGCCAGCUGCUUCCGGGGGAUCCCACACUCAGCCUCCCCAGUCUCCCCAGAGGGGGUGCAGAUCCCUCCGAAGGAAUAUGGCCGAGCCCCGGCCCCUGUGUCCAGGCGUGGCAAGCGCAUCGCCUCCACGGUGAAGCACUUUGCCUUCGACCGGAAGAAGCGGCACUAUGGCCUGGGCGUGGUGGGCAACUGGCUCAACCGCAGCUACCGCCACAGCAUCAGCAGUGCCGUGCAGCGCCAGCUCGAGAGCUUUGACAGCCACCGACCCUACUUCACCUACUGGCUGACCUUCGUCCACAUCAUCGUCACAUUGCUAGUGAUUUGCACGUAUGGUAUUGCACCGGUGGGCUUUGCCCAGCACGUCACCACCCAGCUGGUGCUCAGGAACAAAGGUGUGUAUGAGAGUGUGAAGUAUAUCCAGCAGGAGAACUUCUGGAUCGGCCCCAGCUCGAUUGACUUGAUUCACUUGGGAGCUAAGUUCUCACCCUGCAUCCGGAAGGACCGGCAGAUCGAGCAGCUGGUGCUGCGGGAGCGGCACCUGGAGAGGGACUCGGGCUGCUGCGUCCAGAACGACCACUCGGGCUGCAUCCAGACCCUGCGGAAGGACUGCUCGGAGACCUUGGCCACUUUUGUCAAGUGGCAGGAUGAUACGGGGCCCCCCAUGGACAAGUCUGAUGUGGGCCAGAAGCGGACUUCGGGGGCUGUGUGCCACCAGGACCCCAGGUGCAGUCCCAGGGUGACCUGGAGCUGGGCUCAGAAGAUGGGGUUGAGUAUCAGAACCUGUGAGGAGCCAGCCUCCAGCGGCGCUCACAUCUGGCCUGAUGACAUCACCAAGUGGCCUAUCUGCACAGAGCAGCCCAGGAGUAACCACACAGGCUUCCUGCACGUGGACUGCCAGAUCAGGGGCCGCCCAUGCUGCAUUGGCACCAAGGGCAGCUGCGAGAUCACCACUCGGGAAUACUGCGAGUUCAUGCAUGGCUACUUCCAUGAAGAGGCGACACUCUGUUCCCAGGUGCACUGCUUGGACAAGGUGUGUGGGCUGCUACCCUUCCUCAACCCCGAGGUCCCAGAUCAGUUCUACAGGCUCUGGCUGUCUCUGUUCCUCCACGCUGGCGUGGUCCACUGCCUCGUUUCUGUGGUCUUCCAAAUGACCAUCCUGAGGGACCUGGAGAAGCUGGCUGGCUGGCACCGCAUUGCCAUCAUCUUCGUCCUAAGCGGCAUCACCGGCAAUCUCGCUAGUGCCAUCUUCCUCCCGUAUCGGGCAGAGGUGGGCCCGGCCGGCUCGCAGUUCGGCCUCCUGGCGUGCCUCUUCGUGGAGCUCAUCCAGAGCUGGCAGCUGCUAGAGCGGCCCUGGAAGGCCUUCCUCAACCUCUCGGCCAUCGUGCUCUUCCUGUUCGUCUGCGGCCUCCUGCCCUGGAUCGACAACAUCGCCCACAUCUUUGGCUUCCUCAGCGGCCUGCUGCUGGCCUUCGCCUUCCUGCCCUACAUCACCUUUGGCACCAGCGACAUGUACCGCAAGCGUGCCCUCAUCCUGGUGUCACUGCUGGUCUUCACCGGCCUCUUCGCCUCGCUGGUCAUCUGGCUGUACGUGUACCCCAUCAACUGGCCCUGGAUUGAGCACCUCACCUGCUUCCCCUUCACCGGCCACUUCUGCGAGAAGUAUGAGCUGGACCAGGUGCUACACUGACCAGACCACCGCCCGGCAGGGACGGGCGCAGCGGCUCCAUGAGGCGCUGCCUCUGUGGGGACCCUGCCUGGGCGGGCUGCCUGUCUAGAUACCCCACCCCGGCCCCCUGCACCAGGGGGGCUGACUCUGCAGAGUUGGCCAUAAAGGCAGGUUCCUGGGGGCAGUGAGGCCCCUUCCUCAGGCCUGUGUGCCCUGGCCCAGGCUGGGAGACGCUCCGAGCACAUGCUGCUCCGCAGCUUGGGGCCCCGACUCUGACCGCUCCCUUCCUCCCAUGCUGUCGGGACCAGCUCCUGGGGAUGGGCUUUUCACCGAGGCCUCGGGCCGCUGCCCAUCGCCCACCGCAGCCUCUGCUGGCGCCGAUCUCUCCCCACCAUUACUGUGAGCAUGCCUCACCCAGGACAUGGCCGGGGUUCCCACUAGGUUCCCACCCCGGCCUCAGCCAGGCCACCCUUCCUGUUCUCCCCUCUCUGCCCUACAGCACGGAGCUCAUCAGCGGCCUGGUGAGCCUGCCCAUAAUGCUCCAGACUAGACAUUACGGAGAGGCUCUGGCUGUGGUCCGGGGCAGAGGAGCAAGGAGACAGCUGGACGUGUUGUCAGCAACAGGCCCUGCCCCUCCGAGCCCUACCCGGCCCUCCCUCCGAGUCAGUGUCCUGCCCCGUGGGCCAGGCUCUGGUGACAGCCGGCCCACCACGCCUGCCUCACUCCCAUCCAAAUGAGCGGCCACCCCGAGGCCCGGUUUUAUAUUAUGUUUUAUAUUAUGGUCCUAAUUUUUAAAAGUAACGCUAACUUUGUAUAGAUGAUGUCUCAAAUGUAUUAAAUGAAUAUUCUUUA